AUGAAUUAAGGUAAUUAAGACAAGAGAAAAUAGAGAGAUUAUGAAGAUGAGGAUUCAGAAGAGGAGGAAGUUGAACAACCAAUAAAUGUGCAUAAUAAGGGAGAUAUGGAAGAGGAAGUUAAUCUUGACUUUGUAUUCCUCGAUCCAAAUCAAAAAUAAUUUCACUCCAUUAAAACAUUUAUCAAUGGCUAUUUAGAGGGAAUAAGCUUUAAAUCUUCUGAGUUGGCCAACAUCAUAUGCGAUCAAGUUGAAUUGGGAACCAUGGUUGGACAAGAGGAUGAAGACAAUGUUUUUGGUUUUACUACAAUAUUAAAUAUUGGUGAAAUUAAGAGCAAUGCCAUCGGUGAAAUCUUGCAUUACGUAGAUACUAAAUCACAAUAAUACAAUAAACAACAUCAGCAAUUGUAACACAUCUUUUAAACACCUAAGAAAAUAGGUUUAUUUAUUAAUGAGAGGAUUCUUAAUUUGGCUCCUCAACUUGUUCCCAUUUUGCAUAAUCAACUUAAAGAAGAUAUCAAUUGGUUACAAAAAGAAGACCCAUCUAAUUCACUCACUAAUCUAGAUUACCUACUCGUCAUUACCAAGUGUUUUAAAGAUAAUGACUAAUAAAAGUAAACCUAAAAAAAAUCUACUUCAGAUCUCAACGACUUGAUAUUCUAAAAGUUUGAGGACUUUGUAUUUUUGCAAAAGUCUGUUGUUUCAUUUAGAUUCCUAAGUGAAGGAUCCAAAUAGACUCAACAAGUCUCUGACUAUAUGAAGACUGAACAAGAGGGCUAAAUUUGUUAUCGAUUGAUCUAUCUGAUACAAUUAAAAGAUUAUCUAGCGUAAAUAGCGAAUAUUGAAUAAUAUGUAUAAUAAUGAAUUAUAAUGUAAUCUAACUUAAAAAC